AUGGCUUGUGCCAGGAUGGUGAAGCAUCUCAGGCUGCCAUUGCUGCUCCUGCUGCUGGCAUUAGCUGCAGAAUGCAACAGCAUGUCUCCACCAGAAAAACCAGACAAACUUGGCUGCAGGUCCCCCGAUAAGGAGACUUUUUUCUGCUGGUGGACCCCAGGCUCUGAUGGAGGGCUGCCCACUGUGCAUCACCUCUACUAUAAGACAGAAGGUCAGGAGAAUAUGCACCAGUGUCCGGACUACCACAAAGCUGGAAGUAACUCCUGUUUCUUUAGCAAGACCUACACGUCUAUCUGGGUCGAGUACACUGUGAUUGUGGAGGCCUCCAAUGCCCUGGGGAAUACUUCUUCAGACCCCCUUACUUUUGACUUGAUGAACAUUGUGAAGCCCUUUGCACCUGAAAAUGUUACAGUGGUGGUCAACAUAGAGGACAGUCCACACCUCACCAUCCAAUGGCAUACACCGUCUAACAUAGACACAAAGUCAGGAUGGGUCACUCUGAAGAAUCAACUGAGAGUCAAACCAGACAAGAGCAAAAUAUGGAAGAAUUACGCAUCAGAAACACAAACACAUUUCACCAUUUACAGCAUUGAUCUUGGGGUGGUGUACAUGGUUGAAGUGCGCUGUGCAAUAGACAAUAGCUGGAGUGAGUGGAGCAACACUACCUUUGUCAAAGUCCCUAACUUUCCUCACAAGGACAAUUCCUUUUGGAUACUGGUUUUCAGCCUCUGUCUAAUUCCAUUGCUUGCGGCAAUGAUUAUCUUGAUCCUGAAGAGAAAAACUGUGAAGAAGUAUAUUCUGCCCCCUGUCCCUGGUCCAAAGAUAAGAGGCGUUGAUGUUCAACUUCUCAAGAGCGGCCAAUCUGAAGAUGUCAUUAAUGCCAUGCUUCUCAACCAGAGAUUUCCUGUUAUGAUACCCUGGAAGGACCAGAAAGAGGAUUACCUGAUCGUGUCUGAUAAAGAAACCUCGUAUUUGCCGUUGGAGAAACAGAAAAUAUUCAUUCUGCCACUUGCCAUGACAUUAGACUCAGAAGUCCAAUCUAAGGAGACAAGUGAAGUGGAUCACUUUCUAAAAGACAGCAAGUCUUCCUCAGAGGAGAGUUCAGAUAAGACAGAGUCGUCGCAGCUUCUUACUAAAUGCCCAAGUGCAAACGUUUUGAAUGAUGAGAAAGCAAAUCAGCUAAAAGGUGUUACUGAGAAGAUCAUCCAACCCUUUGGAAUCGGCGGUUAUGUGGAUAUUACGAGACAUGAGCACAUGCAGGAAGCAGACUACAGCCGAGUGAACGAGGUGAAUGGUGACAAUAUUUUAAUCAUGAAGAAAGAAAAUGUUCCCCAUACUCUGGACACACAGGGACAAGAAGGCAGUGUGCCCGAUAACUACAGCAUGGUGAAAGAAGUGAAUAGUGACAACAUGGUUUUCCUGGAGAAACACAGUGACUCAGUUGACGCUUCUUUUAAGGCUAAAGGCUACAUAGACUGGGUCAUUCAGAAGCCAAAAAACCUUCAUAUGACUGGGCACAGUGAAAUAGGAGUGUGCCCACAACUAGUUGGUUGUGAAUAUGUAGAUACUGUCCCCCCACCAGCUGUAAUCUAA